AUGAACACGAGUGAUUUGUCAAGGUGGAUGUGGGAAGAGGAUAAGCAUUUCGAGGAAUGCAUUCUGGAUUAUGUUGUUCGAUGGAAGGAAAUCGUUGCUCGUUUGGGGACAAAAUCUGCGGCUGAGGUUGAACACCACUACGCCUUGCUGUUGAAGGACAUGGAGGCUAUGGAAGCCGGGGAUAUGGAGCCCCCGGCCUACCUGGAAUGUUCCAAAUCCGUGAAAAGGAAAAUGAGUAAAGCUAGACCUUGGACUGAAAAUGAGCACAGGUGGACGUGGGAAGAGGACAAGCUAUUCGAGGAUUGCAUUCUGGAUUCUGUUGGUCGAUGGGAGGAAAUCGCUGCUCGUUUGGGGACAAAAUCCGCAGCUGAGGUUGAACGCCACUACGCCCUGUUCUUGAAGGACUUGGAGGCGAUGGAAGCCGGGGAGAUUGAGCCCCCGGCCUACCUUGAAUGCUCCAAAUCCGUGAAAAGGAAAAUGAGAAAAGCUAGACCUUGGACUGAAGAUGAGCACAGGUGA